UAUUAUUUACAGAUUGUAAGUAAAAGAAACUUAAGGAAAGACGAGAGAGAGAGAGAGGAAAUGACGCCGGCAAGAAUUCAGGUAUUAGUGAUAGUGGUGCUGGCAGUGACGGAGGUGGUGCUUGGUGGUGGAGGGAAAAGCGUGACGUUGGCUCUGGAGAGGGCGAGUCACAAGGGGGCGGAGCUGAGUCAACUCAGGAACCAUGACCUAAUUAGACACGGCAGAAUCUUGCAGCAACGCCCUUCUGGAGUCAUUGAUCUCCCUGUUGAAGGCACCUAUGAUCCGUUUUUUGUAGGGCUAUACUAUACAAGAGUUCAUUUGGGGAGUCCUCCUAGAGAAUUCUACGUACAAAUAGAUACUGGAAGUGAUGCUUUGUGGGUCAGUUGCAUUUCCUGUAAUGGUUGCCCCACAUCCAGUGGACUCAAAAUUCAGCUUGAGUUCUUUGAUCCUUCGACCUCAUCGACAGCUUCUCUUAUAUCGUGUUCAGACCAAAGGUGUGCUUUGGGAGCGGAUUCUUCUGAUUCAGUCUGUUCAAAUCAGAACCAAUGUGGUUACAAGUUCAAAUAUGGUGACGGCAGUGGAGCAUCAGGCUAUUAUGUAUCAGACUUGAUGCAUUUCGACACAAUUAUUGGUGAUUCAUCGACUUCAAAUUCAUCAGCACCUGUUGUUUUUGGGUAACCUCCUUAUCUUUAUGUUUU